AAGUAUGUGGGGCUUCUGGAGGUAAUUGCUGGUGCUUCAAGACAAAGGGGAUGAAUAAAUAUGCACUUACCACUUUUCAGUUUAAUAUUCUUAGGUCGUGAACUCUUCUGAUCAGUCUGAACAAGUUUUUUAGUUUUUGCACGAAGGACUAAAGUUUCCCUCUUGAAUUGCUGUGUGAGUCCCUGCUUCCUUUGACACAGGUCAGCCUGACCCAGCUAAUUAAUUUCCCCUUGAAAAGACUCCACGGCUGAUGAAUCGGUCUGUGGGGCUGCUCUCUGCACAAUGAAGCAGAAUGUGAAUUAAGCUCCAUUGAAAUAAAGGGAAAAAAAUCCAAAGAAAGACCUCCCUUUCAUCCCCAUUCUUCCCAAUACUAAAAACCAGUUUUUGUUGUUUUGAGGACUAAUUUGUGUUUUGGACCACCUCUGCCUGGCCUGCCAUGUAACAGUCCUUAUAACCUAAAAGUGGUGAUGUUUCUAAGCAACUAGAAGAGUGACAGCCCAACCAGGGAUUUAUAAACACUUGAUUGGCUGUGAUUUAUUUGGUAGAGGAAUGUAGAUCACCUUAAAAACCCGAGGAGGGAGUUCUGCAUCUCAUCAAACUUCACUUUCAAGUGUCAGGGGCAGGAGAGGAUAAGAGAGAUAUCGGCUGCAGAGUCUAAUUUAUGCUGAAUAAACAGAGGUGAAGAUGCAACCAGAGGUGCUCACCUUUGGCCACAUGGUGGUUUACAGUCUGUCUGAACUCUCCUUCCUGCUGCUGCUGCUGCUGGUUCUGUUGAUCAUCGCCUGGAGCCGAAAGCAUCGGUCUCACAUACCAGGCCCUUCCUUCUUGGCAGGACUUGGUCCAGUUCUCUCCUACUCCAGGUUUAUUUGGACUGGGAUUGGAACAGCAUGUAACUACUACAACCUCAAAUACGGCAGCACCGUGCGGGUGUGGAUCAACGGGGAGGAGACUCUCAUUUUAAGCAAGGCGUCUGCGGUGUACCAUGUGUUGAGGAGUCCUCACUACACCUCCAGAUUCGGGAGCAAAAGAGGCCUGGAGUGUAUUGGGAUGGAAGGGAGGGGGAUCAUUUUCAACAACGAUGUCCCACUUUGGAAAAAAGUGAGGACGUACUUUUCUAAAGCUCUGACUGGCCCCGGCCUUCGGAGGACAGUGGGGAUCUGUGUGAGCUCCACAGACAAACACCUGGACAGCCUGCAGGACCUGACCGAUCCCUCUGGACACGUGGACGCCCUCAGUCUCCUGCGAGCCAUAGUGGUGGACAUCUCCAACAGGCUGUUCCUCAGGGUGCCUAUCAAUGAGAAAGAGCUGCUGAUGAAAAUCCACAACUACUUUGAGACCUGGCAGACGGUUCUGAUAAAGCCUGAUAUUUUCUUCAAGAUUGGAUGGCUGUACAACAAACACAAGAGAGCAGCCCAGGAGCUGCAGGACGUGAUGGAGAGCCUGCUUGAAAUGAAAAGAAAGAUGAUUGAUGAUGCUGAGAAGCUCGAUGAUGAUCGUGACUUUGCCACAGAGCUCAUCUUUGCUCAGAGUCAUGGAGAGUUCUCAGCAGAUAACGUCAGGCAGUGUGUGCUGGAGAUGGUGAUCGCAGCUCCGGACACGUUGUCCAUCAGCCUGUUCUUCAUGCUGAUGCUGCUCAAACAGAACCCCGACGUGGAGCAGCAGAUCGUAGAGGAGAUGAGCACCGCCUUGAAUGGGAAAUCUGUGGAGGACAUCGAUCACGAAGGAUUAAAAGUUAUGGAGAGUUUCAUCAACGAGUGUCUGAGGUUUCACCCCGUGGUCGACUUCACGAUGCGUAAAGCUCUGGAGGACGACGACAUCGACGGCACAAAAAUCAGGAGAGGAACCAAUAUCAUUCUCAACAUCGGGCUCAUGCACAAGACCGAGUUCUUCCCUAAAGCCGGAGAGUUCAGCCUGAAGAACUUUGACAACACGGUGCCCAGCCGUUUCUUCCAGCCCUUUGGCUGCGGGCCUCGCUCCUGUGUGGGCAAACACAUCGCCAUGGUCAUGAUGAAGGCCAUCUUGAUCACUCUGUUGUCUCGUUACACAGUGUGUCCCCGCCAGGGCUGCACGCUGGACAGCAUCAGGCAGACCAACAACCUGUCGCAGCAGCCUGUGGAGGACGAGCGCGGCCUCGCCAUGCGCUUCAUCCCUCGCACCCGGAAACAAGACACAGUCUGCGCCGAAACACCAGAAUAAUUUGAUCUUUUUUGGAUGACGGCACCCGACUACCCCAGAGGUUGUGUUAAAGGGAUAGUUCACAUUCUUUAGGCCACAGUCAAUUACCAUCUUGUCUGUUGUAGAUAGCUCUUUGAACCGAUUCAGUUUGGAGAAACAUUUUAUUUAAAAAGCCCCUUUCAGGACAAUGUAUAGUUAAAAAAACAUGCAUCAGAAAAAUAGUGUAACAAGUGAGUAGGGAGGCAAGAACAAAUCAAACAUUAAAAUAGAAAGUACAAAGAUGGAGAGGCUAAUCAGUAAAUUAAAACAGUUUCAUUCUGACUGAAGUGUUAAUGGUUAAAUUGAGACCAAGACCAAAGAAAAGCAGCCUUAAAACAGCUCAAAUUGUUUAAUGCUAGGUGGGAAACUUUAGGCACAGCGUGAUUCAGUCACACUUCAGAGGGCUGCAAAGCAAUUAUAAAACUAUUAUUUAUACAUUUCGAUUUUAUUGAAACAUAACAUUUUGUUUUACAUAAAUCAGUGAUUUAAGUUGUCAUAUUUAUUAAAGAUAGCUGAGUGCACAAAAUUGGAGUACGGUAGUCACAUUCUGAUCAAGUUAGGUUAGCAUUGAUGCUAACUUAACAUUAAAAAAGGCCAGAGACCUACUAAAAAAAAUUAGCAUCGUUUUUAUAAUCAGAAAUGUACAUGGUUCAAAAUCAUUACUAAAGACAGCCAUGUUCUGGUCUCACAUCUCACAGCCACUGCUCUGCUGACAGCACAGAAUAACGUUAAUAGAGACCCGACAGUGGCGUAAAUGUUUAUAAAACAGCUUUUAUAUAAAAUGAUGUGAAAAUUUUGGGGUUGAAGUUGUUUUACGGUGGCAGCGAUUCACUUUGACUCUGACCUCACUCAAACUAGCAUUUAGCUCUUCAAUCUGGUCAGAACUGAACCUUAUUUCUCCAAACUGAGGUCACUCAAAGAGCUAUCUACAACCGGUAAGAUAUUGUUGAUAACCUUUCUACAAAGCACCACAAGAUCCCUUAAAUAUUAACAGAUGCUUGUUUUUAUGUUUUGUUGGCAGUACUAAUAUUUACACAUCAUAGUUGAAUGUUUCCGUUCAUACAGAACAGAGCAGCUAGUUUUCUGACUUAGAAAAAUGCUGUGAGCAAAAUGACAGUUUAUUAUAAAUAAUAUUUCAUGUUAAAGCACUGAAUAUAUUAACCAAAACAUCUUAUUUUGCUUUAAUGGCUUCACUUACACUCUCGUUUGGUUUUACCCUGGUGAUUAAGUUUUACAAAACAUAAUCUAAGUUUGAAAUUAGAGAUGUGAUCAUUUCUUUUGUGAUGAGUACAAAUAAAACUUUUCUAAAUGA